AUGGCGCUGGUGAAGGGCGGUUGGCUUUGGCGGCAGAGCUCCAUCCUGCGCCGCUGGAAGCGGAACUGGUUCGUCCUCUACCUGGAUGGCAGCUUGGUUUACUACCACGACGAGACGCAGCGUGACAUGGACGGCCGGAUCCACGUCAAAUACAGCUGCCGGGACGUGAAAACCGGCCGGGAGUGCAAAGACGUGCAGCCGCCCGAGGGGAAGAGCCGCGACUGCCUCCUGACCGUCGUGCUGCGGGACGGCUCCAAGACCACCCUGUGCGCCGAGAGCCAGGACGACGCCCUUGCUUGGAAGAUGGCAGUGCUGGAGGCUAAAGCCACCCCGGUGAGGCUCCAUCCCCCAGAACAGGGGCACGUCCCACCACAUCCCUCAGGCAAGGGGGUGGAGGGUGGUGUGUACCUCCCACCUCACCCCCCCUUUUUGCCUUUUGCAGCUCCAGGAGUGACCCAUGUCAUUGUGCGCGAGGAUCCCUACCGGGUCUCCGGGGACCAGAUGGCCCUGGGGCUGCUGGCCGGGGCCGCCACUGGCGCUGCCCUGGGCUCCUUCAUGUGGAUGCCAUGCUGGUUUUAG